UAAACUCUCAAAAAUAUAUAAAGAUACAGAUUUAUAUAAAAAUCACUAAAUCACAAAUUAUUAGUGUCACUCAUUCACUUUCACUUUCAUCAUCAUCUCACGUAAAUGGAGACCAUCUCUAAACCACCAAAACCCGUACUUUCCUUACCAUGGAAAACUCGCGUUGGUCUUUCCGUUAUCGCAACUUUCACGGACGCAUCGUGUCGUAAAAACGGGUCCGUCAACCGUCGACUUCUUAAUUUAUUCGAUUUCCGUACCCCUCCGUCUUCAAAACCUAUCAACGGCGUCGCCACACACGACGUCAUUGUCGAUAAAUCACGUAACGUAUGGUUUCGUGUAUUCGUCCCGACUAAUGAAAAUAAUAUCACAUCUGACCUCCCCGUGAUAUUUUUUUAUCACGGUGGAGGCUUUGUUUUUUUGGCGCCUGAUGGCGUGGCGUAUGACGCCGUUUGUAGACGGUUUGCGAGAAAAGUGGGAGCGGUUGUUGUUUCGGUUAAUUAUCGUCUUGCGCCGGAAAAUAAGUAUCCGGCGCAACACGACGAUUGUUUUGAUGUGUUGAAGUUUUUAGAUGAUGAUGAAAAUAGAAAGAAAUUUUUGCCUAAAAAUGCGAAUUUGUUGAGGUGUUUUGUUGCGGGAGAUAGUGCCGGUGGAAAUCUUGCUCAUCAUGUUGCACUACGAGCUUGCGAAUUCAAUUUUCGUCAUGUUAAGGUAAUCGGGGCAGUAGUAAUUCAACCAUUUUUCGGUGGAGAGGGGCAGACCGAUUCAGAAAUAAGACUCGAAGGAACUCCACUGGUUUCAAAAAAGCGAACAGACUGGAUGUGGAAGGCGUUUAUGCCACAAGACAAAGAUUUCAACCGCGACCAUCCAGUGAUCAACGUAAGCGGCCCCAAGGCUGUUGACAUAUCAAAAAUGGAUUUUCCACCAACAGUCGUUGUCAUUGCUGGGUUUGAUGCUCUAUGCGAUUGGCAAAAACGGUACUACGAGUGGCUAAAGAAGUCGGGGAAAGAAGUUUACUUGUUUGAGUACCCAAAUAUGUGCCAUGCUUUCUACAUCUUCCCGGAAUUGCCUGAAUCUGCACAACUUAUUGGCCAAAUUCGCGAGUUCAUUCACAAGGUUUCUAGUAAGAUUGGCAAUUAGUGAUAUAAUGAGGAUAGACUACUUUUAGAAUGUAAGAUUUAAGACUCUUAAGAUCAUAAUGUUUCGAGUUAAUUUGUUACUUUGGAAAAAAUAAAUUAUUCAUUAAAUCGUUGUAUCUUCCAUAGUUCCCAAA